CGUUGAUAACGGUUCCGAUCCGUUUCGAUCGAUUUUGCGGCUUGUUUUUAUUUUGCAAAAUGUAGGGUUGGUAACCCGUUUUUUAGCCACGACGUGGAACAUUUAUUUUGGAUCCAUGUGUCAAAAUGGGAAGGAGACUAUAUUUGUUAUCCUUCACUAAGACCUGCCAGCCUCAUUUCCACAAGAUAUCCACCACCUGUGCACAAGAACUAAGUAAUUUUUAAACAACGUAACUGAAAUCACAAGAAGUACUAUUCACUGAUUGUGGGCAACGAAACUAAAAGUGAGAAAUUACAAGUAACAAAGACAAAGAAAAACGUUUAUCGAACUAGUAAAUGUCAAGGUGGUGGAUUCAGUAAAAUUGAAACAUUAAAGGACAAUAAUAUAAUACCGUAACUCUAUUGUAAAUAGGAGAGAAGAUGAUCACCCUGGAGGUAGUGGAAUCCGUGAAAGUUCCUGGGUCUAGGAGGAGCUUAAUUAAAAAGAAAUGAGGAAUCCGGCAUUGCAUCUGGUCGGGAUAGCGACGUCCCCUGGAGGUGGUGAAGUGUUUGGUACAAGGGCCGAGGAGGAGUUGCGUCAGUGGCUAGAGACACGCUUGGACGCAUUGGGAAUUGACCCCGUUGCGUACUCGCGAUUUGUACUUAGCCUGCUACGCCGCCCCGACUCGGCCCUAAGCCCUCCAGAAGAAGCAAUAGGUACAGGUAGAAACGGAGGACGUCGUAUUCGGGCCCGACCUAAAGCUAAGCUGCCAACGCAAGGAGACAGAGAACAAAGACGUGCUGUUGUGCAAUGCCUGACAAGUGCUGCCGAUAAUAAAUGUGGGGUGGAAACUUUGGUCGAUGAAUUGUGCAUGAAAUUACGAGAUUUAGAAGGAGGUGGUUCAGAUGAAGCGAAAGAAGAAUCGAAGAGCACAGAUGACGAUAAUAAAACAAAUUUAGAAUCGCUUACACCCCGUGACAGAGCUCUCAGAUACUACGCAGCAUUUCCUGCUUUGCAACCUGCAACUCUUAAGAAGUUUCCCCAGAAAAAAGAUAGAAACUGUGGAAAUAAUAACAACAACAACAAUAACUUUAAUAACAACAACAACAAAAUUAACGGGGUCAACUAUAAUAAUAAUAAGAAUAACAAUAAAUCACGCAAUAAGAAAACUAAAAUGUCCAUUACUAUUGACUCACGAAGAUCAGACGAUAAAGGAAGCUUUGGGUUUGCUAAGUCAAUGGAACGCGAACGGGAAAAAGAGCGGGAAUUAGAAUUGGAUAAACUGAGAUUGGCACAGUUGCAAGCGAAGUUUGACGAGAGCUUAGAAGCACUUUGGGAUUCAGGACCAGGCAAUGCACAGGACACGGCUUCUAUUUGGGCAGCACCUACUCUUUCUAUUCCUUCAGGACCCCUUUGGCCGACAGACACUACCGAGACAAUCUUUACUUUAUCCACCUCAGACAAUGGUUAUGCUUCUGACACUCCGUACCAGGAAUCUAUUGUCGACGACUCACCGCUCAUUCCAUGGGAUAUUGAUUUGAUCAGCAUUGAAGAUUAUGCGGAUGAAUGUAGUAACAAAAAUAAAUCAGAAAGCAAUGUUAACUGGUCUGACUCAGCUAUGGAUGGAUCAUGGUGUUGGAAAGGGCUUGGCAGUAAUUUAGCUGCCUUGGGCCACAGUCCUCAGACAGGUAGCUGCUUCUUUCCAGUCGCACCGCGUAAGACUCCCAUUGGAACACGCAAAGAAUCUCGUUCAAACCAGAAGGUAAACAGCCUUCCAGAACCGGACGAGGAUUUGCUUACUUCCGCUCGCACACACUUUCGUCCAAUAAAGGAUGACGGACAGUGGGCCGAUGGGACAACAUUUCCUGUGAACAAUACUUUAGAGCGGGUCGCAUAUCGCAGAUCUGAGUCAGGAAACUUGUUAUAUCUUCCUGGUGGAGAGAGCCCUUAUAUGGAGUAUCGAGAGAAUGACUCGCCGCUUCCUCCAGUAUCUUCGAAUUUAACAUUGAAAUUCAGGGUGCGUCAAUGCGACAAGUGCGUUCAAACCGAGCCCAUACGAUCUCCGGUCAAACGCAGAAUUCUCUCCGAACAGGAUCAUGUUCGUUAUACUCCAGUCGGAGUGGAAGAUACUGUUAUUCGCGAAGAGGAAAAAAUCGAGAAAGAUUGCUAUGCAUUGGGUCAACUGGGCUGGGUACGAUCUAAUGUACCUCUGCACAAUGAUAGGAAAAGAAGGCACAGUAGCAGCUUCGGAUGCCAGCCUCUGACGACUUUGCGUCCGUUGACCUUAUGAACUGGAUAAAAUACGAGCUGCUAAAAAUGCUAUAUGACUGGAGAGUUUAAGGUUUAGCUAUACUUUUUUUUCCAAGACGAAGACGAAAAGAGAAGGUAUGACAGGGGGGCCUCUUGGCAUGUGGAAUUUGUUAUGCAUGUAUCCAAGAUGGUGCCGUUAUAUACACAUAUAUAGAGAAAAAAAAAACAAAAAAAGAAAAAAUAAGUAUCCCCCAUUGUCGACGAGCAGAGUGGAAAAAAAAAUAAAAAGGUCAGAAAGAGAGUGAAGCGAGAUGAAAGGAAUAUUAAACGUUCAUUUAGAUAAUUAUUAUUAACCCUUUGACAAAUAAAAGAAAAAAAAGAAACGGAGCAAAAUAGAGGAAAAAUGUAUAUGUUACGCAGCGUUUAAUGACGAAAGCGAGAGAGGGAGAGAGAGAGAGAGCGCACGAGAGAUAGAGAGAGAAAGAAAAAAAAAUAUCGAAAACGUAGUCAAUGAGAUUUCGUUUGGUAGCUUGUUGAUAAUUUUAUGUAAACUUUUUCAAAGAGAAAGAAAGGAAAAAAAAAUUAGUGCGCUGAUUUUUUUUUUGUUUAGAAAAUGUAGCGAGCAGGUGUUUUUUUUUUUGUUUCUCAUCCGAUGUGCAGGCGUUCCAUUAUGUGUGUUUGCAUUGGAUGCAUCGCAGAACGAGAAAGAAAGAAAAAAAAGAAAUAAAUGUAACCAAGAAAAUGCCAAAAAAAAGAAUGAUACUGAAGAAAUUGAAAGAGUAAAAUUCGAGGACGGAGUACUUAUAAGUAUAAAUAAAAAUAGGGAAGAGAAGGAAAGAAAAAGAAAAAGAUAAAAAUGCCGCACGACAUUAAACCAAGAACCAUCAAAGUACCAUUCUAUUUUCUUGUUGUUUUUUUUUUUUCGUAAUUAUUAAUGAAUUAUCUUAAUUAUUAUCCCUUUAAUUAUAAUUUAACGUCCUAGAAGAUUAAUGUCCCUUUGUCCCUAUCCAUCUUCCACCAAAUCCCAUGUUUUAAAAGAAUCCAGAGUAUCCAAUGCUUUUCCUAUACUCCCUCAAAGGAAAUACAUGUUGGAUCGACGAGAACGUACAUACGAAAGAAAAAGAAAUGGAAUAUGUGACUUGAAGAAGGAGAUACAGAAAAAGAAAUGUAUGUAUACGUCCGAUAAAAGAACGUGAAAGAAACGUUAUUAGGAAAAUGAAUGCCUUUUAAAUGAAAGAGAGCGAAUAUAAACGCGAUAAGAAGAAGAGGAGGUGUUAAUGUUAACACAAAGGAUCGUUUAUGGUGUUGUACAUGAAAUGUAAUGCGAAGAGAACAAUGGAACUAAGGAGAACGAAUAAAAAAAAAAUCUAAAUAUUCUCUGCGCGAAAUAAUGUACGCAAAGGGAGUAACCAAAUAAAGGCAUUGCAAACGCUGAAAA